AUGGUUCCACCUCCUUUAUCAACCUUGCUGUCCGAUUGCUAUGGCGAUGAGGGUGCCAGAUUAGCACAGCUGUUCGACAUUUCUUUCCAGAGCCAAGACGAGCUGUGUCAAGUGAGUGCGAUCUUGCUCAUGGGUGAUUCAGGCAUUGGCAAGUCGACGGUGUUGGAUAUGAUUGCUUCACAACACGGGCUCAAGGUGUCACGUGCCGUCAUGGGCGAGAUGUCUGCACAACACGAGGGACAAUUUGCUAUUGCGCUGGAACGUUUAGCAUGGGAUAUUCAGGAUGCACCAAAAGGAUUAUUGAUCAUCGAGGACAUUGAUCUACUCUUCCCAAAGAAGGACACAUCCAUUCAAGAACCUGGUUUAUUACCCGCAUUACAACGAAUCCUUCGGUCAUUUCAUAGCGAGACACACGCUGGUCGUGCUAUUUUGGUAGCUACUACACGAGAUCCAUCUGCCAUCCAAGGGACCGUACGCAAUCUUUUUGAGGAUGAGAUCGUAUUACAGAUACCCACGCCACAUGAACGACAUGCAUUACUGCAACAUCUUGCUCAAGGACUGCAACUCGACAAGAACGUAUCGUUGGAAGCAUUGAGUGCUCAGGCACAUGCCUUUGUUGCUGCUGAUCUUGCACGAUGGUGUCAGUUGGCUUUAGAAGCUGCCCAUGCCGACCAGAGUGAGAUACUAUGCCAGCACCAUUUCGCAAGCACAUUCGAUCGCAUCAGGGUGAAUGCGCUACAAAUGGCUGAGAAGCCUGAUCCAGUAAGGUGGAGUGAUAUUGGUGGAUUACAGGAAGCAAAGCAAGCUCUUGAAGAAUCAGCCGUAUGGGUUUACAAGCAUGCAGCUGCAUAUAAGCGACUUGGCAUUCGUCCUUCCAAAGGCGUUUUAUUAUAUGGACCACCUGGCACAGGCAAGACACUACUAGCCAAAGCGGUAGCUACCGAAUCAUCCGCCAAUUUUAUGGCAGUCAGUAUACCCGAUUUGAUCAAAGGAGAAGUGGGCGAAUCAGAGAAAGCGGUCGUUUCUAUCUUUCAGACAGCUAUUCGAUGUAGUCCUUGUGUCAUAUUCUUUGAUGAGCUUGAAGCUAUCUUUUCAUCGAGAGAAACGAGCGGUGAUGUCGGUAAAAAGCUUAUUUCUCAAUUCCUUAUUGAGAUUGAUCAUCUCGACAAGACCGAUCAAAGCGUUAUUCUCCUCGGUGCAACCAAUCAUCCCGAAUCCAUUGACACGUCCAUAUUACGGCCUGGGCGUUUGGAUCGCAUGAUACAUGUUGGAUUACCAAGCAAAGAAGAAAGGCUCAACAUUUUGCAUGUGCUGGCACGAGGAACACGUUUAGAUAGUCAAGUGGAUUUGGAUACGAUUGCAGAACGCACCGAAAGCUACAGUGGCGCUGAUCUUAAAGCGGUUGUGCGAAAGGCUGCCCUGAUUGCAUUGAAGAACAGCUUAAGGAUACAACAAGAUUCGCCUGUAUAUGUUGAACAGCAGCACCUUUUGGAUGCAAUUCAAGUAGUAGGACCCUCCCAUCGUCUUAAAUAG